AUGCCCCGACAGGACUCAGCGGUCAUGGCCGGCAGUCUGACCCACCAAGGCUCCCCGAACCCCGGCUACAGCUCCAACAACGCUGUCCCCGUGCCGGUCAUCACACAGACGGACUCCAGGGACAAAUGGAGCAAAAAGAUGGAUUUUCUCUUGUCUGUCAUUGGGUUUGCGGUGGACUUGGGAAAUGUUUGGAGGUUUCCGUACAUAUGUUAUCAAAACGGUGGAGGUGCUUUCCUUAUUCCCUACAUUUUGAUGGCCAUCUUUGGCGGUGUGCCGCUCUUUUACAUGGAGCUGGCACUGGGACAGUUCCACAGAACCGGUGCCAUAUCCAUAUGGAAACACAUCUGUCCCAUUUUCAAAGGUAUAGGAUAUGCCAUUUGUAUCAUCGCUCUGUAUGUGUCCUUCUACUACAACACCAUCAUCGCCUGGGCCCUCUUCUACUUCUACUCCUCUUUCACCAGCAUCCUGCCUUGGACAAACUGUGAAAAUGUGUGGAAUACCCCCGACUGCACUAAUUAUUUUGACGCAAACAACGUCACCUGGACAAAUUCCUCCAGGUCUCCGGCAGAGGAAUUUUACACGAGGAAUGUUCUUGAGAUCCACAAGGCAUCAGGGCUGAGAAACGUCGGGGGUGUUCGCUGGCAGUUGAUGCUCUGCCUUUUUCUCAUCUUCACUAUAGUAUACUUCAGUCUGUGGAAGGGAGUGAAGACAUCAGGGAAGGUAGUGUGGGUCACCGCCACCUUACCCUACAUUGUGCUUUUCAUCCUCCUAAUUCGAGGCGCCACCCUGCCAGGAGCCUGGAGAGGUGUGGUAUUUUACCUAAAACCGCAGUGGGAGAAGCUGCUGGAGACCAGUGUGUGGGUGGAUGCUGCAGCUCAGAUUUUCUUCUCUCUGGGGCCGGGGUUCGGGGUCCUCCUGGCUCUCUCCAGCUACAACCCUUUUACAAAUAACUGCUAUCGUGACGCCAUUGUGACAAGUUUGGUGAAUUGUCUGACCAGCUUUGUGUCGGGUUUCGUCAUCUUCACGGUGCUGGGCUACAUGGCAGAGAUGAGGCAGGUGGAGGUUGAGGAUGUAGCCAGGGAUAAAGGGCCAAGUUUACUCUUCAUCACGUACCCAGAGGCCAUUGCAAACAUGCCGGGCUCGAUCUUUUUUGCAAUCAUCUUUUUCGUGAUGAUGAUCACGCUGGGGCUGGAUAGCACUUUUGGUGGGCUGGAGGCGAUCAUCACUGCUGUGUUGGAUGAAUACCCAGAUCAUUUCUCUCAUAGACGUGAACUUUUUGUUCUGUGCUUGGUAGUUGUCUGCUUUUUGGGCUCUCUAAGCACCCUUACAAAUGGUGGUGCCUAUGUGGUGAAGUUGCUGGAGGAAUUUGGAGUUGGAUGCUCCAUUAUUGCUGUGGGUUUCCUUGAGGCCAUUGCAGUUUCUUGGUUCUAUGGCAUCAAAAGAUUUAGCAGUGACGUUCAGGCCAUGUUGGGAAAAGCUCCAGGUUUGUUCUGGAAGGUGUGCUGGGUCGCCAUCAGUCCAGCAUUUCUGGCGUAUAUCAUCGUGAGCUCCCUGCUGAAAGCGCCGCCCCUCACGCUGUUUGAUUAUAAGUACCCAGACUGGAGCAUCACAGUGGGAUAUAUCAUUGGCUUCUCAUCCUUCAUGUGGAUCCCCAUCUACAUGGUCUACAAGCUGGUGUGGACCCCUGGAUCUCUCAAACAGAGGUUGGCAGUGUGUCUGAGACCAGAGAGGACCAUACCAGACAUCCACACUGACACGCUCAACAUGGCCUCUGUGCCAUAG